CUAGAUUAUUCUACAACUUUCCAACCGGUCUUCCCUUCCCUUCGCUGUAUGUACUUAUCUCCCUUCUGACUCCAUCAACCCUCCUCAUUGAUCGAUUACAGUCAUUCUGAAAUUUUAAUUUUUUUUCUUCGUUUUGUUCUCUAAAAUCGAAUAUUGUCUAGAAGCUAUGUCUUCCGCUCCGUCACAACCAGAGAUGUCUUCCGAGUCAUCAUCGCCUACCUCUCAAGAACAGCUCAGAACACGAGUCAUACUCGUCCCUUGGAUUAUAGGCUUCGCCACUGCCGCUCCGUCACAAGACCACCACCAACAACAACAACAACCACCACCACCAGCAGAUCAGGACCGGAUCGACCAAGAAAGUAUUAUAUUCACAAACGGGUUCAGAAACGCUUUUAUGGACCCGAUUAUGAUGAUUGAUGGCUAUGGAGAGUUGUUGGAAUCAGUGUUUCGUGAUUUCGGAAACAAAGAUGGGUCUUUACCGGCGUCAAAGGCGUCGAUUGAGGCGAUGCCCAUGGUGAAAGUAACAGAACAAGGGGCCGAGUGUGCGAUUUGUUUGUGUGAGUAUGAAAUUUGUGAGGAGGUUAAGGAAAUGCCUUGUAGGCAUAGGUACCAUUCGGAUUGUAUUGGUAAGUGGUUGGGGAUCCAUGGGUCUUGCCCGCUUUGUAGGUAUAAGAUGCCUGUGGAGAAUUCGGAGGAGAGUAAGAAGUUAGGUGGUGGUGGUGUGGAUGAUGAAGAUUGGAGAUUUGGGGGAGAUAUUCGGGUUGUUUUUAGUAAUUCCGAGGAUGGUGCCGCCGGCGAAAGUGAUGGAUCAUCCACAUGAGAUAGGGAGAUGGAUGGCAAUUGGAAUUUGGAUGUUACUUUUUUUAAUUAUUUUUUCUUUUGGUUUACUUUUUUUGAGAGAUUGUUUUGUGGUUGGUUUGAUAAAUUAUACAUAGAACAAUUUGUAAGAAAAUAAGUUGAAAAAAAAAAGGUUUGGCACCGAAUACCAAACAUUAUUUCAUUGAUAUCAAUUUAUAGAAGAGU